CAAAACCGUAAUACCUUAUCUGUACUUUCCUAAAUGGAGGUCGGUGCAUAAUACAUGUAUAUAUUCGUGUGUAGAUAAAGAUUUCUGCCCAUAACACUUGCAACGAUGGCAAGCUCCCUAGCAGUACUUGCUCUACUGAGCACGUGUUUCACGUGUCUUGUGUUCUGUGCCAACACUCAUCCACGUCCAAUUCAGGGUGGUAUGUCAUUUUACUAUGAUCCGGCAAAGCAUCAUUUCAUUGCCGCAACAUCAAGCACGUGUUUCAUGGUAUCCUUGACACGUAUAGAACAAGACCACGUGCACACUACGCAAGGUGUAGAGGAUUUAGAGCUGAUGAUGAUGAGGCAGUGGCUUGGUAAACUUAAUGAGGUCAAGGUUUAUCAUGAUGACAUCAACCUUACAGAAAACAUCAAACGCUGGUGCGCAACCAAGGACAUUUACCUUCUGGAACGUAACGUGACUGCAGCAGCCACACCGGUCUCACCGCUGGCUUCCAUUGGGCCAUGAAAAUCGUAAUUGUGCUAGUAUUUGAUAAAGAAUACAUCUCUAUUGGCUAGCUA